AUGCAUCUUUCUGAUCUCUAUGGCCCACGCAGAGCUGGCGCACACGUUGCUUGUCUAGAAACACUCUCUUACAUCAGCUUCACACCUACAGGUGAUAGAGGGAGCGCCUUAUUACCACUUCAAACAUCGUGGCAUCAGGCAGAAAGCCUUAAGCAGGCACUGGAGCUGGACUAUACGCCUGAAGAAGGAGCCAAAGGUAGGUAGGAGGUGGCUGCAGGGACCAAGGUUGCAGUGCUGGGCAGGCUCUGCCUGGCACAAAUGCCACCGCUUCCCAUCCAGGUCCUCUGGUUUGAGCAGCAAACUGUAAAGAGGCGCACGAGGAGAAGCAUCAGCGUGGUGCCAACAGAUCCCUGGUUCCAUAAGCAGUGGUACAUGAACAAUGACAUCAAUCCUGAUCUAAACAUCCUUACGGCUUGGAGCAAAGGGUACAGCGGGCUGGGUGUUGUGCUGACCAUCCUGGAUGAUGGCAUCGAGAAAGACCACCCGGACUUGUCUGCCAACUACGACCCCCUGGCAAGUUACGACUUCAACAGCGAGGACCCCGACCCCCAGCCCAGGUACACCAGUGGGCUGGAGAACCGGCACGGGACACGCUGUGCGGGAGAAGUGGCGGCUGCAGCCAACAACCGAAUCUGCGGAGCAGGCGUUGCGUACAACGCCAAAGUCGGAGGUGUGCGGAUGCUGGAUGGUCCCGUCACGGACAUGCUGGAGGCUCAGUCUCUCAGCCUGCAUCCCCAGCACAUCCACAUCUACAGCGCCAGCUGGGGCCCCGAGGACAACGGGAAGACCGUGGAUGGGCCGGGUGUGCUGGCCAUGGAGGCCUUCUACAGAGGCGUCACCAACGGACGGGGUGGCCUCGGCUCCAUCUUCAUCUGGGCCUCUGGCAAUGGUGGUAUCAACUACGACAACUGCAACUGCGAUGGGUACACCAACAGCAUCUACACCCUGUCAGUGGGCAGUGUCCUGGCGGAUGGUCAGAGGCCCUGGUACAGCGAGAGCUGCUCUGCCAUCCUCACCACCACCUACAGCAGCAGGACCAGGAGCGAGGUGCAGAUUGUGACCACUGACCUGUACCACCGCUGCACAGACAAGCACACGGGGACCUCUGCCUCAGCCCCGCUGGCUGCAGGGAUGAUCGCCCUCGCACUAGAGGCCAACCCUGCCCUGACCUGGCGUGACUUGCAGCAUCUCGUCAUCAGGACCUCCAAGCCUGCUCACCUGCAAGCAGAAGAUUGGGCUGUGAAUGGGGUUGGGCGCAAGGUGAGCCACCACUAUGGCUAUGGGCUCUUGGAUGCUGGUCUGCUGGUGGAGAUGGCCAAGGCAUGGACAGGAACUCGGCCUCAACGGAAGUGUUCUGUCCGGGCUCUCCACACUCCCCGGAACAUCGGCUCCAAGCUCACCGUCUUUACAGACAUCUCCUCCUGCUUUGGGAGGACCAAGCGCAUCCGCUCGCUGGAGCACGUCCAGGUCCAGCUGUCUCUGAGCUACAGCCGCAGGGGGGACCUGGUGAUCUCUCUGACCAGCCCGAUGGGGACCACAUCCACGCUGGUGACUGUGCGGCCUCCUUAGGCUGCAUUUCUUCUCCUGGCUCUCCUCUCCUCCAGCCCCUACGACACUAGCCAGCAGGGCUACAAGGACUGGACCUUCAUGUCCACACACUUCUGGGAUGAGAACCCCAAUGGGACCUGGAUGCUCCAGCUGGAGAACAAGGGCGAUGCCUAUAACACAGGACUACUGACCAGCUUCCUUCUGCACCUCUACGGCACAGACGAGGACAUGACAGCGAGGCACUUUGCGGCUUCUGCUGCAGACGAGUGCCUCAGGAGGGACACGCAGGGAGCGUGCCAGGAGUGUGGCAGCUCUUUGUACAUCCACCAGAGCUCCUGCCUGUCCUACUGCCCUCCACACUACUUUGGCCGGACGCACAGAGCUGCCACCACAAACACCUCCCACACCUGUGCUCGCUGCCACCCCUCCUGCUACACGUGCCAUGGCACUUCAGCCACCAACUGCACAUCCUGCCCCACCGCCAGCGCCUUCGACGAGCUCGCUCACUCCUGCUCCCCUCUGCAGGGCUUCCCCCCUGAGGAGGGACUGCACAGGAGCCCUCUCCCUGCCCUCGUCUGUGGGGCCCUGGUCCUCUCAGCCAUCCUCUACAUCACGUACCGUCUGGCCUUUUGUGUUGUGAAAGGAAGCUCUGGCUGUCCCUGGGCUGGCAGGGCAGCGUGACACCAGCCUGGGCAGCACAGA